AUGGGACGUACAGUAGGUAACAUUUAUGCGCUCACGCUAAACUUUAUUUCGCUUGCAGUUUGCAGCUAUGGACUUUACGAUUCAUUCUUUUCCGAAAGAGUGUUACCACCUCAAUUAUUCGAAGCAGGCCAAUGGCAAUUCUGGACCAACUGGUCGCUCACAGUUACUAUUGCGGUUCUUGCAUUGGGAGUAGUAGCCCAUGCAACCAAGUCUCAGUAUCUUUUUAGAUUGAAGAAUAACAUACACCCAAUUGGUCUUGCUAUGGAAACGGUUGUUACCAUCGUAUAUUGGCCAUUGCGUCUUUUCUUUUUGGCAUUGUUAAUUAAAGAUGACGCACCUAAAAUGGAGCUUCCAAUAUCAACCGAUUUGUCGGUCCAUUUAAUGCCAGUUGUUGGCUUGAUUGUAGACUACUUGGCAUUUAUGCCAAAUUGGACCUUCAAGAGAAGCUCUGCUUUUGGGGUAUGUUGCAUUAUAACCACUUCUUAUUGGUUUUGGUUGCACUAUAUAAUUGACUUGGAAAAGGGCGCUGGGUUUCCCUAUGAGUUUUUGAACCAUCCUUCCGCUUACUUUCGUUUAACAAUUUUUGCUCUAGUUGGAUUGAUCGGACUCAGCCUGGCCUUCCUUUGGCCAAAGGUACAUGCUUGGGUUGCUGGCAAGGAAAAGGAAAAAUAG